GUGGCUGCUGUCGGUCUGUCUGCGUGUGUGUCUGUGGCUGUGUCUGGUCUCCUGGUCUCGGGGCCGGGCUGUGGAGCAGCGCUGUCUGUCUGUCUGUCUCCACCACACACACACUGGAUGGAGCCUGUGCUGUGACAGCAGCAGCAGCAGCUCCAACAUGGCUGAAGUGGGCAGUGGCGGCGGCGGCAGCAGUCUGGCCGAGCAGCUCAAAUCGUGCAUCGUCUGGUCCUGGACCUACCUCUGGACCCUCUGGUUCUUCCUCAUGCUCUUCCUGGUCUACGUCCUGCGGGUGCCCCUGAAAAUCAACGACAACCUCAGCACAGUGAGUAUGUUUUUGAAUACAUUAACCCCCAAAUUCUACGUUGCGCUGACAGGCACUUCAUCUUUGAUCUCAGGGCUUAUUCUGAUAUUUGAAUGGUGGUAUUUUCGAAAGUAUGGAACGUCAUUUAUUGAGCAAGUUUCAGUUAGCCACCUUCGACCAUUACUGGGUGGAGUUGACAACACAGCACCGAGCAAUUCCACCUCGAAUAAUGGAGACACUGACUCUAGCAGACAGAGUGUAUCAGAAUGCAAGGUAUGGCGAAAUCCAUUAAAUUUAUUUAGAGGAGCAGAAUAUAAUCGGUACACGUGGGUGACAGGCAGAGAACCGCUGACCUACUAUGACAUGAAUCUUUCUGCACAAGAUCAUCAGACCUUCUUCACAUGUGAGACUGAUCACUUACGGCCUGCAGACGCGAGUAAGAAGGACUGUAAGAUCGGAAACCCAGACAUUUUCAUGCAAAAAGCUUGGAGAGAGAGGAACCCACAAGCAAGAAUCUCAGCAGCACACGAGGCCUUAGAAUUAAAUGAGGGGUCUUACCGUCCAUUGUUUCCACCUCUGCAAGCAACAAGAAGGACUCAAAAUGGAAUAAAGCUCACAAUAUGUGCGACUGCAUAUAUUCUGUUGGCUGAGGAAGAAGCCACCACCAUUGUGGAAGCAGAAAGGCUUUUUAAACAGGCUCUCAAGGCAGGAGAGGUUUGUUACAGACGCAGCCAGCAACUGCAACACCACGGAGCACAGUAUGAAGCACAACACAGGCGAGACACAAAUGUGUUAGUUUAUAUUAAAAGAAGAUUGGCAAUGUGUUCAAGAAAACUGGGAAGGACAAGAGAAGCAGUGAAAAUGAUGCGAGAUCUGAUGAAGGAAUUCCCCCUCCUCAGCAUGUUCAACAUUCAUGAAAAUUUACUGGAGGCACUUUUAGAGUUACAGGCCUAUGCUGAUGUGCAAGCAGUAUUAGCUAAAUACGAUGAUAUUAGCCUACCAAAGUCCGCAACAAUAUGUUAUACAGCAGCGCUACUUAAAGCAAGAGCAGUCUCUGACAAAUUCUCACCAGAGGCUGCAUCGAGGAGAGGGCUGAGCACUGCAGAGAUGAAUGCUGUAGAAGCAAUACACAGAGCAGUAGAAUUUAACCCACAUGUUCCCAAAUAUUUAUUAGAAAUGAAAAGUUUAAUACUCCCGCCAGAACAUAUUUUGAAGAGAGGGGACAGUGAAGCUAUCGCAUAUGCAUUCUUCCAUCUUCAACAUUGGAAACGAGUAGAAGGAGCGCUCAACUUAUUACACUGUACUUGGGAGGGAACAUUCCGAAUGAUUCCCUAUCCAUUGGAAAAAGGUCAUCUUUUCUAUCCAUAUCCAAUCUGCACAGAGACGGCUGACAGAGAACUGCUGCCAUCGUUUCAUGAAGUUUCAGUGUACCCCAAGAAGGAGCUGCCAUUCUUCAUCCUGUUCACCGCAGGCCUGUGUUCCUUCACUGCCAUGCUGGCCCUCCUCACACAUCAGUUUCCAGAGCUCAUGGGAGUGUUUGCAAAAGCUUUCCUCAGUACGCUGUUUGCUCCAUUAAACUUUGUAAUGGAAAAGGUUGAAAGCAUCUUACCAUCCAGCCUGUGGCACCAAUUGACACGGAUCUAGGAGAAAAGGACUUUAGAUGGACAUUACCAUGACACCUGUGCCAAGCUCAUAUCUUGCAGAGUGCAAGGCAGCAUGAAAAAGUGGAUGAAAAUCUGAGUUCAAGACUCUAUAUGUUAUGUUUUGUUCUAACGUGGACAUGUUUUAUGUUGUACCAAACAAAGUUGUUGUUGUUCUAUUUUAUUAUUUUGCCAUUAGCAAAAUUCUACAAAAAUAAAAAAUACACAAAAAUAAA